AUGCCACCCUCGCCUGUCGACGCCGGGACUGAAUACGCCUUGACUGUUUUCUUUCUUUCUUUUUAUUCACCUUUUAAUUUAUCUUCAUGCUGUAUCUUGCUCUUUCCUUCUCCCUUUCUUUCUUUCUUUCUUUCUUUCUUUCUUUCUAUUCACCUAUUAAUUUAUCUUCACGCUGUUUCCAGCUGUUUUCUUCUUCCCUUUUUCUUCCUUCGUUUCUUUCUUUCUUUCUUUCUUUCUUUCUUUCUUUCUUUCUUUCUUUCUUUAUAUUCACCUAUUAAUCUUCUUUCAUGCUGUUUCCAGCUCUUUUCUUUCUCCUUUCUUUCUCCUUUCUUUCUUUCUUUCUUUCUUUCUUUCUUUCUUUCUUUCUUUCUUUAUAUUCCCCUAUUAAUCUUCUUUCAUGCUGUUUCCUGCUCUAUCAUUCUUUUUCUUUCUUUUUUCUUUCUUUUCUUUCUUUCUUUCUUUCUUUCUUUCUUUAUAUUCGCCUAUUAA